AAAAAAUUCUCUUCUUUCUGUAUUAUUAUUUCUGAAUCCGAUUUUGCUACAAUUAUAUUCUGUAGCAAAGUCGGAGUCGGUCUUUCAUUUCAUUACCUCAACUGGAUGUUUUCUGUUUGACCUUCAAGUGUUUUCUUGAUUUUUCUUUUGAAUCAUUUACGUUUUUUUAUCAUUCAUUAUUCAUGGCUGAUGUUGUAAAUUUUUCUCCCUCGUCUCCUCGUAAUCAUUCAUGUAUCUCAUAUUCACACAGGCGGUCAUCAUCUAUGCCAGUAUUUUCAUCUCUUAGAUUCAAUUCUUCUAUGGAAAGUGAUGGUAUUGGGAAUAAAAUAGUUCUGCAACUAGAGGAGAAAGAACCUAGAAAAGGAUAUAUCCAACCUGUACAGGGAAGGAAUUUGCAAAACAAAUUACGGUUUAGUAAAUCUCCUCAGAAGUGGUGGGAGAAAAGAUAUGAACCUAACAUGAAAGAGAUAACUUCUGCUCAAGAUCUUGUGGAUUCAUUGCGAAAUGCAGGAGAUAAUUUGGUGAUAUUAGAUUUCUUUUCUCCGAGUUGUGGAGGUUGCAGAUCUCUUCAUCCAAAAAUUAUACAAUUUGCAGAAAUGAACAAAGAUGUUCUAUUCCUUCAAGUAAAUUAUGAGGAACAUAAAUCAAUGUGUUAUACUCUUAACGUGCAUGUUCUUCCGUUUUUUCGGUUUUAUAGAGGAGCUAAUGGUCGUCUCUGCAGCUUCAGUUGCACGAAUGCUACUAUCAAGAAAUUCAAAGAUGCAUUAGCCAAACACACAACAGAAAGGUGCAGUCUGGGACCAGCAGAAGGCUUGGAGGAAUCAGAGCUCCUAGCUCUGUCUGCAAAUAGAGAUCUCUCCUUCAAUUAUAUACCGAAACAGAAACCAAUUUCUGUAUCCGCUGAAGAGCAACUAAGAGAGAGACCAAAUCUUGGAGACACGGAGCUACUUCUUCCUUCUACGGAGGACAAGCAUUUGGCUGAACAAGCAACUGAAGCAUCCAUUUGACCACCUAAUUUUGAGCGCCGCACUUUUUUUUGGCACCUUGUAAGUUGUUAGACAUAGACCCUAUCUCAUUAAAUCCCCAUAUGUGUAAGUUCAUAUAAUACCUGCCUGACUGCCUCUGCGCGAGGAUAUUUACUGUAAUAUGUAGAGCACUCUAAUUACAAUGAAAAGAAGAAAAAGGAAAAAGAAAUACACAAGACCAAGGACGUUAUUCAUA